AGCUCUGUGACGCGAAUAAUCAAUUUUAUGAAUCAUUUUGAAGAAUCAACCAACUGGGCGAUUUUUACAGGUAUUACUCACACUCUUGAACUCUGCAUGCAUGGAGGCAGCAUCUGGGAACUUAAUUUUGACUCUGAAGAGCAUGGAGACCAGAACUGCAACUCAUAAUCUUAACAAGACCUUUCUAAUGAUGUGAAGAACUGUAGAAUAACCUUUGGACCCCUGUUGCAUAUACAGUCAUGCAUGCAGCACUUAUGUUUGCCCUUGUUUUUUGAAAACCUACAAAGGCAACUUGCAGGUGUGAUGUAGUGUGUAAUAUAAAGGGCUGCUGGAAUAGGUGGCCCAGGAUGGAGGCAACACAUCACUUGUGUGUGUGUAUAGGGUUGGUGGCCCUCAUGCUAGUCAUCUUGUCUUCUGCAUUAGCAGAAGAAUGCAUCAUCCCUAAGCUGUAUCCUCACUUUCUUAGCAAUGAUAUGCAAGAUGUGGAUAAGAACCUUUGCUAUAAGUGCUACCAUGCUCCAAACAGUCCAAAGUUUCAGGUGAAGCUCCACAAAAUAAGACUCGGGGGAGUCUCCACAAUGAUGAUAUACAUCGACGGCGCUCAGCGACACAUUACUCAGGACUGUGGAACAUGCGACAGCCAUACUAAUGCGAAAAGUGAAACCAUGAACAGCAUAAAAGAUGAAAGCAAAAGUGAUAAAUCAGUGUGCCAAGAAUGUGAAACUUUGACUAAUGGGACGAUGGUUGAAUUGUAUCUAAGGCUCAGUGCACAAGCCCACACAGCUUCUGAGGGAGGAAAUGUUUGCCAAAACAUUGCUGACUUUAACAUCAGUUUAGACAUGAAUAGUGAGAAACCGGAUUUUGAGGCUCCCUCAGACUGUGACGAUGGCUUUCUAGUUAGUUAUCCUCUUAGUGGUGAUACUUGCAUUAUCAACUCUACCUUUAUAGGCACAGAGACUUAUUGCCUUGUUCCAACUUGCUCAGAUGGAAUCAUCUCCUCGGAUGAGACAAAUGAAAAAAUUGAACAUAAAUUCCAACCUUAUACCCAAUCUGAAGCAUGUGUUUGGCAGCUUAAUACUGAGCAACAUAAACAUGUGAGUUUGAGAUUCUCUCAAAAUAUCAAGCCUCAUAUUACUAUUUUUGAGGAGUCUCUCAUGAACCCAAAGUGGGAUGUUGAAUGGUGCCCAACUUAUAAUAAUGAUUUCAGAAUGGUGACAGAUGCUGAUACAGUUUUUAUAGUGUACCACAGUGUUACAAAGCUCACCAAAAAGGGGACAUUGUCUAUAACAACCCAGACGGACCUCUGUCUUCUUCCACCAUCCCUUGAAAAUGGAAGUGUGGAGUUUAAGCGCCUUCAAUCUGGCACGGUUGCCCUUUACAUGUGUGACAAAGGGUUUACUCUUCUCGGUCCCAUAGAACUUCAUUGUAAAAAUGGUGCGUGGGAUGAACCACCUGUCUGCCUUCAUCUUCACAAGGAUAAACUGAUGUCUGAUGCCCCCAUGGGAUCAAUUGAAAGUGUUGACAGUGUGAAUGUCAGUGUUUUGACCUCUGAAAAUGGCUCAUUCCUAGCUGCUUCUACCAGCACUGACCCACAGGGCAAGAUGCCCACAUUAUUAUUCCCUGAGGAUGAUAUAAUGGAGGACAGUAUUGUGGAAGAGGAAAGUUCUGUACAAGAAUCUAUGACUGCGGCAGAAGCACCUAUAAUAGAAGACGUAUACAUGAAUAAGUCACUUACCAAUAUGGAUACCCAGGGUAAUAAUUCUACAGACUCUCUUGCAAUCAAUUCAACAGACUUUUUAGGGACAGAUUUGAAUGCUGGUGAAGAAGGUGGAAUUUUGGCAAGAUUAUUUAAUUUUUCUCUGGAAGAUGACAUGACUCUCUAUAUCAUCAUUGGUACAACAGGUCUCACUGGUCUUAUCAUUGUCCUAAUUAUAUCUCUUAUAAUAUACCGGAAAAGGUACCCAGUUAGACUAGGUCUAGGGCGCAAGUUUGACACGUUCCAAAACCCUAUCUAUGAGAAGACUGUGGUAAGGAUGCCGAUGCAAGCAGAAGACACAGACGUGGAGGGGAAGAAGAGUGAUGCUGAAGAAAUGAGUGACUGCACUGUUUUAGAGUAAGUUAAAGAGAGUAAUGUUAUAAUUUUACAACUACGGUAAAUAUUUUUUAUUAAGUGUUAUAAGAUUGCAAAAUGCUCGAUUCAACAGAGCAAGCAUUUGCUGAAGGGAAUUUCCAUGUGGCUUGAGUUUAAACUUUAGAUCUGUACUCAUUUUGAAAAUAUGAUUACAAAAUUAAAUGUGAUAUUUUGUGAUUACAGUACUAUAGGCCCACUGGUUUUUACUAUUGUCAUAAAAGACUUUAAUUAGCUCUUAACUUGCAAAAGCAAAUUGUAACUGAUACAGCAUUUUGGGUCCAAGUUAUGUGAGAGUUCGAAUGCAUAUGUUUUAGCCCAACAGUAUUAAUCAUGUAUAAACCUGCUUAUAAUUUUGUAGCACUUAUGUAUACUAACCAUGGAUCCCAUAUCAUAGCAACUAAGUGGAAUGGAAUGCUGAGUACUGGGAGUCCCUGACUUAAGAACAUCUGAACUAUGCUGAUCUGUAUUUAGAAAUGAAGUCCAAAAGACAUAAUAUUGAGAAUAUAAUUGUUUUAUGAUUACAGAUCUGAAUUAUAAGCAUAUGUAACAUAAUUAUCCUUCCUACUAUGAUUUUUCUAUAGGUUAAGUUCAUAGUUACAAACGACUCGUUUGUAAGUUCAAACACCAUAUGCAACUUGUUCAUAAGUUGGGGCCAACCAUGUAAUUGCCGUGGAUGGGACCAAUGACGUGGUAAAUGAACGGAAGCAGAAAUCUCACUCAAAAUCUACUGUUCCUCAAGUACAGUAUACAUAAAUACUCGCGACAAUAGAACUUGGUAAUCUACCCUGCCAUGAAUUAUGCCCAAGCAUUGACUGUUCUUUUAUAAGAUGAUCCUCUUUUGUGUUAUCACACGAGGAAGUAGCCAGGUUUAGCAGUAGUUUUUUAUAAUAUAGUGUAGUGGUGUUAUAACUGAAGUAUACUUCUGACACAACUAUCCUGGGUGUCAUUAUCACCUGGUCUGUUGUGUAACAUCCUUUGCAUACAUUCUAUGGGAGUAAUGUUGGUAUUCUUCAUUAUUCCCAUUCUUGUUGCACACACUUUUGAAAUCUCAUUAUUACUAAUUAGUAAUUGUUUUAUAUAUACAUAUAUAGUAAACUCUCUCAUAACACAUGGAUUACAUUCCAGAGAAUUUGCAUGGAAUCUGAAAUUGUGUUACAUGGAAAAUAGCAUUACAUCCCACACAACCUCAACGUUACCCAAAAAAUAAAAAAAAAAUUUUUUACUACUGUGCUAAGUAAAAAUCACUACAGUAUAACUUCCCUCACAUUAUCUUAGUCAUUACUGAUAGCAUUUGAAGAGUAUAGGGAAGGUUGACAAGGGCCUACUGGCUGAGGUGAGGUAGUUAACUAGUCAUCUUAUUUAACUGUAAAGACUUUUUUGACAUUCUUUUGAGCAGGUAACAAUCUAGUUUUUACUAUACAAGCUCUUAUUUUCUCUUGUUGUUUCUGACUGUACAAAUAGUCAGUUUGUUCACACCAAAGUAAUGGGCAGUUUCUAUCUCUCUCUCACACACACACACACACACCUGGUCAAGCACGUCAAGAAGUUAGAGAAAGUACAAAGGUUUGCAACAAGGCUAGUCCCAGAGCUCAAGGGAAUGUCGUACGAGGAAAGGUUAAGGGAAAUCGGACUGACGACACUGGAGGACAGAAGGGUCAGGGGAGACAUGAUAACGACAUACAAGAUACUGCGGGGAAUAGACAAGGUGGACAGAGAUAGGAUGUUCCAGAGAGGGGACACAGGGACAAGGGGUCACAACUGGAAGCUGAAGACUCAGACGAGUCACAGGGACGUUAGGAAGUAUUUCUUCAGUCAUAGAGUUGUCAGCAAGUGGAAUAGCCUAGCAAGUGAAGUAGUGGAGGCAGGAACCAUACAUAGUUUUAAGAAGAGGUAUGACAAAGCUCAGGAAGCAGAGAGAGAGAGGAUCCAGUAGCGAUCAGUGAAGAGGCGGGGCCAGGAGCUGAGUCUCGACCCCUGCAACCACAAUUAGGUGAUUACAAUUAGGUGAGUACACACACACAACACACACACACACACACACACUCACACUCACACACACACUCACACACACACUCACACACACACUCACAACAACACUCACACACUCACACACUCACACACACACUCACACACACUCACUCACACACACACUCACACACACUCUAAGCAUAUCUAACUCUUCCAUUUUCUUCAACAUUGUAAUAGAUUCAUGAUUGUUCUUCUUGGUACCUCCAGCAUCUUUAGUAUUCCUCUCGAGUGCCAUAACUAAUGCCCCGAGAUAACAUGGGGUGAUUCAAAUAUUCAGAAUCAUUUAAUAAGAGUGAGGCACAAAAUGCUGCCAGAAUGCAGCUAUAGGUGAUGUGUAUGGUGAAUACAAGGGCAGCAAUCAUACCAGUGAAACUCUCAAAGUUUGUACGUCCAAGUUAAAUCAGGAGAAAAAUUAUCACCUUUCAGUACCCAAAUUUUGCUUACAAUUUAAAGCUGUGUCUGUAGUGUUCUUUAACAAUAUUUUAUGCUUACUGAUUUUUGUUUAAUAAUUACUUCACGUAAUAAUUAUCAGUGUUUUUCCCACACGAACACGUAUUUUGAAACCUAAAAAUUGUGCUACAAGGGGUCAUGUUAUGAGAGGGUUUACAAGCUUUAAUUUUUUUUAGUUUUUUUUUUCUGCAGUGUAUAAAUUUUCUUGUAUGUAUAUUAUAACCUGUUUGUAGCUGUAGGAAUAGAAUUUAUACUCGCAGUGUCCCAUCUUGUUAUAUUUUUAAAUUUUCCAAUUAUUUUGUUGUACUAUUUCUUCUCUCAUUCCAACCGUCUUCAUCUGUUCGUGAAGAAAUAUUUUCAUUAUUCAUUUUACACAGCUUCUUACAUAGUUUAAAGUUAGGGCAUUGUCAUCACCGUAUUGCUGGCACCUCUAAAUUUUCACAUUCUUUUGUAAAUUUAUAUGUAGUUAUUUCUGCUCUCCUGUCUUAAAACCAGGUCUUUUCCAGUGCCUUUAAUACUUAUUUCAUAAUUCUGGGAUACAUUUUGAGACCUGUGUAUAAAAAACUUUUCCUGUUUUACUGUAUUUUUGAGGUAUGACAGCCAUACCUCAGCUGCAUAUUCCAGUUUUGGUUUGACAUGCGUUAUUUUUUAACGUCAUUUAAAAAUUAUUUGGUGUAGAAUAAAAUUUUCUCACUAAUACAUUAGCAUGAUUUUUCUGGUGAUGAUUUUUUUAUUCACAGUCACCUCAAGAUUUUUUUAAUCCAGUGAGAAAUAAAUUUGAUCAUAGAUGUUAUUUGCAUUUUCCAUCUAUCUGGAGUUUAUCUGGAGAGAGUUCCGGGGGUCAACGCCCCCGCGGCCCGGUCUGUGACCAGGCCUCCUUAGGUCAGUGUCCCAGGAUGCGACCCACACCAGUCGACUAACACCCAGGUACCCAUUUUACUGAUGGGGAACAUAGACAACAGGUGGAAAGAAACACGUCCAAUGUUUCUACUCUGGCUGGGAAUCGAACCCAGGCCCUCACCGUGUGAAGCGAGAGCGUUAACCACCAGCCAGUAGCUCAGUGUUCUCACCUUUGGCUCAUAAAUGAAGGACCAGGCUCAAUCCUGGGUGGGUGCAGAUGUAGGGCCAUAUAGUGUUUCACCUGCUGCAUAUGUUCACCGAGCAGUUAAUAGGGACCUGGGUGUUAGCAGACUGUUACAGGUGGCAUCCUGGUGGGUGGUAGUAUACCUUAUCUAGGGCUGGCUUUCGAAAUGAGCUGAGGUAUGAUAACAGAUCUUAGCUUAUGAAUGACCUGAGGUAGGAUAACAGAUUUUAUCUUGUGAAUGAGCUGAGGUAAGAUAACAAAUCUUAUCUUGUGAAUGAGCUGAGGUAAGAUAACAGAUCUUAUCUUGUGAAUGAGCUGAGGUAAGAUAACAGAUCUUAGCUUGUGAAUAAGCUGAAGUAAGAUAACAGAUCUUAGCUUGUGAAUGAGCUGAGGUAAGAUAACAGAUCUUAAUUUAUGAAUGACUUGAGGUAAGACAACAGAUCUUAGCUUGUGAAUAAGCUGAAAUAGGAUAACAGAUCUUAGCUUAUGAAUGAGCUGAAGUGUAAUAACAUUGUAAAUUCAACAAUGUAAAUAAAAAUCAUCCUCUUUUUACUCUGCUCAUGUUAUCUAAAUCCUGUAAAAUGUUAGUUAUCUUCAUUGAUUACCUUACAUCAAAAAUUUAUAACAAACAUAUUCAUAUACUGUAUAAUUAGUUAUUCGUUUUGGUAAGUCAUUCGUAUAGAUUGCAGCCUUUCCCUGCGGGACACCGUAAAUAAAAAUUCUUAAUUAUUUUUCAUUGUUCUUGUAAGUAAAAAGUAUCUUAUCCAUUUCAGAAAUUUAUCUUUUACAUCUGCAUUUUAAAAAUUCCAAAUUAAUUUGCCUGGGGAACCCUUAUCAAACACUCCCUUUAAAAACUGAUAUAAAAGUGACUUUUGAAAUCGUAAUAACGCGAUUGCAGACAAACCACAGAACAGGUGGGAUUUGAACCCAUGACAUAUAUUCAUUCUUCUUCUUAUUUUAUCAUUUCUAUGACUCAUAAUAACUCAAUAGUUUGGAAAUACGGUAAACAAUAUAGCUGCUUUUCCUAUUCUAGUUUUAAAAUAUCAUCAUAAUAUUUUAUAGUACAGUGGACCCCCGGUUAACGAUAUUUUUUUCACUUCAUAAGUAUGUCCAGGUGCCAGUACUGACCGAAUUUAUUCCCAUAAGGAAUAUUGUGAAGUAGAUUAGUCCAUUUCAGAUCCCCAAACUUACACGUACAAACGCACUUACAUAAAUACACUUACAUAAUUGGUCGCAUUCGGAGGUAAUCGUUAUGCGGGGGUCCACUGUAUUCCAUUUAAUUGCCAGUGUAUCUUCCUUUAAUGAAGUUUGAGAGGUGAUACAGAAUGUAUAAUUUCAUUCAUCUGCACAUUUCUUCAAAACUCAAUUUGAUACCUCAUCUGAGCCUUCUAUUUGUCAGUGUGUACAUUAAUAAUUUUGUAAGUAUCUCUGGCUUUUUCAGUGGGAUUCAAUUUCAUUUAUCUGUUUUGGAUUUUAAGUUCAAAUAAUUAAAAACUUUUAUUAUGUAAGCACAUCAAAAAUAUUAUUUAGUAUUUUAGAUUUCUACCUCUAGUUAAAUAAUUUUAUUGUUAGUCUUGAUUCUUGAUGGGCGGAGAUGUGUUGCAGUUUUUGAACUAUAGUAUCAGCACACCUCUGGCAAGACAGUGAGGGAAUGAGUGAGUGAUGAUGAAAGUGUUUCUUCUUUUUUGGGACACCCUGCCUUGGUGGGAAACAGCCAGUUUGUUAAUAAAAAUAAUUCUUGAGUUGUGUAAGUGGGAUCAGUGACUGCGCUCUGAAGGAUCGGUGGAUGUGUUGGAGUUUGGAGAGUCAUUUGAAGGGUGAUGUCCAGGGAAGGAUCUACUAUGAAACUAUUGAAGCUUAAACUUCAGGGCACCUAAUCCCGGAGAGGCUCCAGAAGUGACUUGAGUCUACAUUGUGUAAAAAUUUUGGGUUUACUGUAUGAGAAGGGGCCCCCAUAACAGUUCCAGCUUCAAUGCCCCAAAAAUGUAGGUCCGUGAUUGACGAUGAAUGUGUCCCUAUCCGAGGUAUCCUGCCGUAGUGGGAAACAUCCAAUUUGUCAACUUUUUUUUGUACAAACCUGAGUUCUGUACAGAUACUCUGCUUUAUGAUGACUCAGCUUACGAUAUUUAGACUUUAUGAUGGUGUGAUAGUGAUGCACAUUAAGUUCAAUACUGUACAUUUAUUGGUAGGAUAAACUUAUAUUCAAUUAUUUUCUUUUCAGUACUGGUAUUUAGUUACAGUAAUUACUUGCUUAUUUACUUAUUCAGCCACAAUAGUUAUUUAUCACGUAUUCACAUUCAACUGACAAUAUUUUCAACUUAGGAUGAGCUCAUCAGAACAUAACCACAGAGAUGGGACACAGCAACAAGGGGACACAGUUGGAAGCUGAAGACACAGAUGAAUCACAGGGAUGUUAGGAAGUAUUUCUUGAGCCACAGAGUAGUCAGGAAGUGGAAUAGUUUGGGAAGUGAUGUAGUGGAGGCAGGAUCCAUACAUAGCUUUAAGCAGAGGUAUGAUAAAGCUCACGGUUCAGGGAGAGUGACCUAGUAGCGACCAGUGAAGAGGCGGGGCCAGGAGCUUGGACUCAACCCCUGCAACCACAACUAGGUGAGUACAUCGUUAGUCAAGGAGCACCUGUAUUGUGCUCGACGCUGGCUUAGUCAUUUCUACUAUUCCUGUUUCAAAGCUUCCCUCUGUUUUCCAUAUUUUAAUUUAUUAAUUUCUACUUGUGUUAAAUUUCUGGUAAGUUUGUUAGUUGGAAUGGUUGAAGAAUUGUUUACAAGUUUUUUCAUUAUUAUAUAACAGCUCUUAAUGAUUAACUAUUCUUUCUUGUUUUGUCUGUUUAUUAAUUUGAGGAGUAAAAUUUCUAGUAUAAUUUUAUAGAUUUAAUUUUGCAUUAGGAGGGUAAUCUAAAUUGCGUUGCCAACACACUCCUGGAAAGACAGCAGUUGAGUGAAUGAUGGUGAAUGGGAUUUCCUCUUCGAGUCACACUGCCUCGGUAGAAGAUGACCAUUGAGAUAAAAAAAAUUAAUUUCUUAAAUUUAAUUUUUGCUUUGGGUUAUUUUUUUUAACAUGCUGGCCAUCUCCAACUGAGGCUGGGUGACCCAAAAAAGAAGAAACUAAAAGUUUUUCUUCUUUAUUCAUUUAAUAAUUUAUACAAGAGAAGGUCUGGAGUUUUAUGACUCUCUGAUCGUGGGUUCUAUCCCCACCUGUGGUACGCUUUGUUUGCAAUCGUGUCAUUACGAUUUCGUGAGUCAAGAGAAGGUGUUACUAUCCCAUUGUUCCUGGUAUUUUAGUCAUCCUGGUUAAUUUUAACUACAGUAGCACCCCUGUAUCCACAGGGGAUACAUUCCAAGACCUAUCACAGAUAGUAGCGAACCCUAUGUUUAAGUAAUUUUUCAUUUACUUACAUACCUAUGAUAAAAUUUAAUUAAUAAAUUACGCACAAUAAGUUGAGAAUUAGUACUUUUUCACUGAUGGGAAGCACAGCUUCUCUUAGGCUUUGAAGAACUGUCACCAUCAUUACCUUUGUACUUCGGUGUCAUUAUUAAGCAAAAUGAAAAGUUAUUUUUGGGUCAGGGUAAACUGUAGAAACUGAAUCCACAGAUUUGACGGUCCUGCUGUAUUGUUCAUGAAAGAUUUACGGUUUGGAGAUUCACUUGAAUUGUGGUGUGUGCACACUUCUGUCAAGACAGCUGCUGAAUGAGUUAUGAUGAAAGUGUUAACUUUUUUGGGUUGCUUUACUUUGGAGGGAGAUGGCCAGUGUUUCAAAAUAUUGUUGCUCUCUGUUAUACAAGUACAGUGUCUGCAUCCUGAAGGAGGGGUGGGGAGGGGGAGGGAAGUUGACGUUUAGAGGGUUAGUUGAAUUGUGACAUCUGAACACUUCUGGCAAACAGCUGUUGAAUGAAUGAUGAUGAAUGUAUUUCUUUUUUGGGUCACCCUACCUUGGUGGGAGUUGGCUGGUGUAGUAAAAAUAAAGUUUCUGUUGGGUUUUCUGUGGGUUGAGAACUAUUUUAUUAAGGUCUCCAUCUGCAUUACUCUUCUGCAAAGGUAAAUAAAAUUUUACAGUAUUUAAUUCCUUGGUUUAUUUAUUAUAUGUAUUUUUUUCAACACCGACCAUCUCCCACUGAAGAAGGGCAACCCGAAAUAGAAGAAAGGAAAGUUUUUCUCCUUUUUACAUUUAGUAAUUUACACAGAAGGGGCUACUAGCCCCUUCCUCCUGGCAUUUUGGUCGCCCUUGUGAUAUGCAUGGCUUACAGAGGAAGUAUUCUUUUCCCCUCCCCAUGAAAAUCUCUAUAUUCUAUUAAUUUCUUAUUUUGAGUCUCUAUACUUGUAGUUUUAUUUUUCUUAAAUCUUUAGCCUUGUUUAAAACCUUCUCCAUCCCUUCAUGGGAGGCACUUUGAUGCUCUUGAAGAGCUCUUGAUCUAAGGAAUUGGAAUUAUCCUUUCCUUGGAUCAAGCCUAAUUGCCUGCCAUUCCCAGGUACAACCCCCUUUGGGUUUACCACUUCCUUGAUUAUAAUAAUAAUAACUAUAAAGCUUUAUAUGUGCUGUGUGUAGCAGAGUUAUGUAUCAUUAACAAGGUAUAAUGCAGUAGUUUGGAUUUUGUGUGUAGGUAUUUACUUCUAAGUGUGUGUGAGUGAUGGUAAGGACCUUCAGUGUGUGUUGUAGAAAUGUAGUGAUGUGUGAACAAGUGGUGAAGGUUAUAUGGCAGUUCUGGGGAAAGUAAAUUUCUGAUCCUUAAAACUUGAAUUAGAAAACAAAAAUAUUAGAACAUAAGAAUAUAAGAAAGAAGGAGCACUGCAGCAGGCCUACUGGCCCAUGCCUGACUUUUUGGGUUAUCCUAGGUUCUCUACACAUAUGCUGCUAUGUAUGAUAAUUCUAUGUAACUGUAUUUGUGUAUACCUGAAUAAACUUACUUACUUUUAUGCUAAGCAGGUUCAAGUCACCUAUUUAUUUUGUUUAUUAUGUGAAGUUAUUAUGUUUAAGUUUUAUUGGCUUAGAUGCACUUUCAGCUAUGCUCUUGUUAAAUACAGUAAACUCUUUUUUAAGGCAACAUUGCAUAGUACAAUUUUGUGUAAAUACAACUGAUAAAGUACAUUCAGAAGUUCCCUGUAUCCAAGCAAUGAUAGUUUUAAUAAUGAAGUGGAUUUGACAAGAUGAAGUUUGUUUCUGCAGUAAACUAUUACAAUAUUUAUAUUUAUCAAACUAUGCAGGCACCUGUUCAGGACUGUCUCAACAGGCUGCAUACUAGUCUUACCUUUUAGCAAAUUACUCAUUCUUACAAAAAAGUUAACAAGAUUUUGAAUAUUGUUUUGUAUGAAUCUGAACUUUUGUUGUUGUUUUUAUUUAUUAUUUAUUAUUAUGGAAUAUAAAUUGGAUAGUGAAGGAGGGGUGGGGGCCAUUCAAGGAAGGGUUGGACUGAGGGGGUUAAGAGAUGUUUUAAGUAUUAGGGGCUUUGACAUCCAACGGGCAACUGAUUUUUAUGAUUUGAUAGGCUGUUGGAGUGCAGGCAAACUAACGUGAAGGGAUUUAGGGAAACUGGUUAGCCACUGUACUUCUCACCUGGAGGUGGGAAGUACAGUGCUUGCACUCUGACGGAGGGGUGAGGAUGAUAUAGCUUAAAGGGGUAUCUGAGCUGUAAUGUCAUAACACUUCUGGCAAGAGUGAUUGGAUGAAUGACAGUGAAAGUGUUUUUUUUUUUCCCUUCUUUUUUGGGUCACUCUACCUUGAUGGGAGAGGGCUGAUGUAUAAAAAAAAUUAUGGUAAGUGUGCUUAUUAGUUACAAACUCACUCAGCCUAGUAUAUUGUUGCAGAGUAUUGCACUCCCGAAGAACUGUUGUAUAAUAUUUGUGAAAAUUAGCAUUGUGACUAGUUUCUAGUGCACUAUUGAAAAAUAUUUUCAAAGCUCUUGCAUUACAAGUGCAACAUUUUGGGAGAGUAAUUUUUGAACAUCUCUGGGUAGUUAGUGAAGGAUAUAAAGUGCAUUCUUCUUUAGGGUUGUUCAUAUAAGACUGUUAUGUAAUAAAUGAAAAGCAGAGUUGUUAUAACUGGAUCAAGUGACAAUAAACACACUUUACACCCUUCAUGUCUCCUUAUAUACGAAUGUGAUAUCUCCAGUGGUGGUCACUUAUACUGCUUUGGAGGUGAACCUUAGCUUUAUUAAGUAAUAGGUACAGGCAGUAUGUUCUAUGUUAGCCUUAUCAGGCCUGUGACCUGACGAGAGUGAGAGACAGGUCUUACUGGUACCAUGCCUGGUGUAUGAGAGCCAGGUAGGGCCUCGUGCAGUGAGCUCUAGGUAGAACUAGGCCCACCCAGAUGACAGCACAAGGUCUGUGCAGCACGGUGCAAAACGUAAAACCCAACAGCGGUUCUCCUCACCUCUCUUCUGCUUGUCUUCUCAUCUCUUGACCUGUCAUGUCUUCUGCCUUUCUCCCAUUUUGUCUCUAAUCAGUCAAUUGAUAAUAAUAGUUUAGGUUAAAUUGAGGCAUCAUCUAAAGUUUCCUCCCUAAACUGUGGCUAGUUGGGAAGAGAGAGAGGGAGAGGUGUAAUCUCUCAAUAUUUUUAGUAAUCAAUCUCUGGUUGGUACUGGCUGGUCAGUACCUGAAUAGCAGGGCUGUGGAUCAUACAUCGGCUUGUGUGCAGCCGGCAAUAACAACCUUGUUGAUUGGGCCCUGAUCCACUGCGAGGCCUGGUCAUGGACAGGGCUGUGGGAGUGUUGAACCCCAGAACACCCUCUAGGUAUACUUGUCUGAGAACAUUCUGUAGGCAAGGACAGUAUAUGUAGGAAAGGAUAUCUCAGAGGAGUCAUCAGGUAUAUUCACUGGGUUUAUUUCUCUUUCUGUGUAUAUAUAAAGAGCAACAGGGUCUCUCUCUCUCUCUCUCUCUCUCUCU